UUAAUUAAUAAUAAGUAACAAUAUAGUAAUUCAUGGUAACAUGAUAAAUCCAGCAUGUGUUAUAGGUUAAAAUACUCCAGACGCUGUUUUACCAAUUAGGUGGUGUUAAAGGAGGGGAAAUUAAGCGUUUUAGAAAGUUGUUGGGUGGGGUGACCAUCUGGUUAAUGUAUUCUAUAGUUAUCACCGCAAAAUAAACCAGCAGAAGUCUAUUGACUGAAAAACCUGAUAUUGUUUUAUUCAACUGUUGGAAAAUCCCUCUAGUUAUUAUUAUCACCCAGAGCCGGGUGAUGGAGCUUGGCACUAGAAUGUUCUACGCAUGCUCUUUGACAGCGUGUUUUGUGUCAAGCGGCGCUCCGAAGCUAGGCUAGCGAGCUAGCCAUUUUGCAAGUCAUGGUGGGCCAAUCAAUGUGGAAAGGUAGGAUAACAUUGUGUUAAGCUGUUAUCUCGAGCUUUUUGGGGUCCAGAAAUGUGUUGACGAUCUCGAAAGGUGGGUAUACGUGUGGGCAAGAUAACAAAGUCGCAAGCUCGUGCGUAUAAAAUGAUGCAGACCUUAUGAAUAACAAAGCCUUCUCUGCCUGUUGGACACUUAUUGCAGGGGACAUAUCCUUCUGGAACCUAUUCACUUUCCAAACUCAUUUCAGCUGGCACACAAAAGCUGUAGACCCUCUGUCACGCAGAAAAGUCCAAAACCAUUAUUUAUUUAUUUUCUUCUUCUUGGUUUUACUGCACUUUGAAGUACAGAAAUUACUAUUUUGAAGUGGCCCCGUUUUUUGUUUUUUUAUUUUUAAUUUCACCCUUUGUUCCUUUGUAAAGAAAUGCUUUACUUGAAAAAGUACUUCACAGAGGGCCUGAUUCAGUUCACCAUCCUUCUGAGUCUCAUUGGGGUGCGUGUGGACGUUGACUCCUACCUGAGCAACCAGCUACCCCCUCUGAGGGAGAUCAUCCUGGGCCCCACCUCCGCCUACACCCAGACCCAGUUCCACAACCUGCGCAACACGCUGGACGGCUAUGGCAUCCACCCAAAGAGUGUGGACCUGGACCAGUUCUUCACCACCCGCCGGCUACUGAACCAGGUGCGCCAGCUGGACCGCCUCUCUGUGCCCAGCACCGAGCUCAACGCCUGGCUCGUGCACCGCGACCAAGAGACUGUGGUAUCCGCCGCCAGCCAGUCGAGCCCCAGUAUCACCCUGGACAAUGGGGCCGGCCUGGAGGACCUGAGCAGCCCUGACGUUACCCCGGCCAUGAGGGGAGGAGGUGGGGCACCUGAAUCCACUUACAACCCAAUCACAGCGGACAGCAGUCUGGGGGCCGUGGCCCCUGAGCACUCCCAGGAACAGGGCACCCGGGACGGCAACGAUGACCUCACAAAAGAGGACAUUGAUUUGAUUGACAUCCUGUGGAGGCAGGACAUUGACCUUGGUGCAGGUCGAGAAGUGUUUAACUACAGCCACCGGCAGAAAGACAGUGAGGAGGAGAAGCCCCGCCCGGAGGAGAGCAAAGAAGGCCGUGAGGCCCAGGAGAGCUGGAGGAAUGGGGUGAACCUGCAGGAGGCCUCGCCCGUGGACGGGGAGACCGGGGAGAGCAUCCCCGAGCAGGAAUGUCUGAGGCUGCUGGAAGCCACCUUCCCUUUCGGAGAAGAGUCUGAAUUUCCCGCACCGGUUGUCGCCCCAGAGAUCGGGACAGCCAAUGAAGAGGCUCCCUCCACGUCACAGGGUUUGCCCCUGGCUCCUCCCCUGGCUCCUCCCCUGGCCCCUCCCCUAGCUCCUCCCCUGCCCCAUGCUGAGCCACAGCUGGACCUUGAGCAGCAGUGGCAGGACAUCAUGGCCAUCAUGGAGCUCCAGGUAUUGGCAAUGGAGGUGAACAGCAACUCGGUGGACACCAGCCCCAGCAGCUCCAGCAGCCCCGAGGCAGCGGCCUCAGAGCCCACCCCGAUGGCGACCUUCGGCCCGUCCUCCCGCUCCACCUUGAUAAACCAGGAUGUGAGCCUUCACCAGGCCUCUCUGCCCAGCUGCAGCCAGGACUUCCCCCCGCUCUUCACCCCCCAGCUGGACGCGACCAGCAGCGCCCCGAGGCCCACCAUGCUCCGGCUGUCCUCCAGCAACUCAUCCAACAUCAACGCCUCCUUCGGAGCCACCAACCUCACUGGACUCUUUCUCCCGCCUCUCGUCAACGGCACUAAUAACGUCACCUCCACUCCCGUGCUGCCCGAUCCGUUCAGCACCCUACUAGAAGACUCCAUGCUGGAUGAGAUCAGCCUGCUGGACCUCGCCAUGGAAGAGGGCUUCAGCCAGGCCCAGACCUCCCAGCUCGAGGACGAGCUGGACUCCGAUUCGGGUCUGUCCCUGGACUCUAGCCACAGCCCGGCAUCGCCGAGCAGCUCGGAGACCUCGUGCUCCUCCGCCGCCUCCUCCUCCUCCACCUCGGCCACCUUCUCAGAGGAGGGCGCCGUGGGCUACAGCACCGACUCCGAGGCCGCCGCCGCCGAGACGGACGAGGGCGCCGUCGGGGGAUACCAGCCCGGCUACAGCAAGCUCUGCCGGAUGAGCUACCAGGAGUUCCAAGGCCUGCCGCAGCUCGACAACAUCGGCCACAACCACACCUACAACCUGCCGCUCUCCUCGCCGUUCUCCGACCACCCCGAGAUGCCCUUCUCCACCGGCAAGAAGACGGCCCGGGACAAGCAGAGCGGCAAGAUGCAGCCGCCCCAGGACCUGCUCGACAAGCAGUCCAGCCGGGACGAGCGGCGAGCGCGGGCCAUGAAGAUCCCCUUCUCCAACGAGAAGAUCAUCAACCUGCCCGUGGAGGAGUUCAACGAGCUCAUAGCCAAGCACCACCUGAGCGAGGCGCAGCUGGCGCUCAUCCGCGACAUCCGCCGGCGCGGCAAGAACAAGAUGGCGGCCCAGAACUGCCGCAAGCGCAAGCUGGACACCAUCCUGAACCUGGAGCAGGGCGUGCACGAGCUGCGGCGCGACAAGACGCGGCUGCAGAAGGAGCAGAUGGAGUGCGUCAGCUCCCUCCGGCAGAUGAAGCAGAAGAUGCAGAGCCUCUCCCAGGUGGUGUUCGCCCAGCUGCGAGACGAGGAGGGCCGGCCCUACCCCCCCAGCGAGUACUCCCUGCAGUACGGCGCCGACGGCAGCGUGCUCAUCAUGCCGCGCAGCAUCGCCGCCGCCCAGCCCAACCGGAAGCCCGAGAAAAAACAAAAGGACAAGAAAAAGUGAGCUUGUGGACACUGCUUUUUUUUCUUUCACUUUGCUAAAACCAAUAGGAAAGAUUUCUGCAGACGCGGGACAGUUCUUUAUUUCUUUGAGGAGAUUCUGGCGAGAAGGAAGAAGAUAAAACAGCAUUGUCGGCUACUCUCUCCAGCAUUAGUUGUUUCCCACGUUUCUCUUUGUUCCUGCUUUCUUCCCGGACACCACUUUGAAGCAGAAGUUCUUUACUUGACUACUGAUAUAUAAUUAGUUUGGUUUGAGGGAAAAGGAACAAACAAGGAUGAGGAGGGUAUGAAAGGACCUAACCGAGCGACUGGAAGAUUCGAUUUGCUCUCAACCUGUCCCAUUCUGCUGUCCCACAGAAUGGGACAGCCGUGCCAUCGUGCAGAACGAGAACGAAAGGACUUGUCUCAAGGAAACAGAAGGUUGGAACGGGACACGGCCACCAAGGAUCGAUGGAUGGAUGAGUAUCUAUGCAUCAUACAGGUGCAUACCAACUGGUUUCCGCUGGUUUUUCAAUCGCUGAAGCUUGCCAGCUCCAAAUGCCCGGGCCAAGAAAGGCUAAAGAAUGUUUUAGAUACCAAAGGCUAAAGAAGGUCCAUAUUUUGGAUGAAAUCACUAUCAACACCGUUACUAAUCAAAGGUUACAAGGUGCACCUCACCUGCUCUCUCUAGACAAUAACCUCACUAAUUCAAUGGGUUUGUAUGGCAGAUAUUCUGGACUGGACGGUUUUGGUUUGGUUAUGCAUAGAGGUGGGAUACUGCUGGCGGAAAUCGAAGAGGUGGAGCAUGUGUUACUGGGCUGGCCACAGACCAGGGAGAAGGAGGCGAGUUUGGUGACAGGAGGUGAUGGAACUUUUGGGGUGGAGGCACACUGCAUUGGGAAAUGUUUCAGAUUCCAAAUACUUAUACAUAGCACUGUACUUUGUCCUUUUAAAGGCUUGGCUUUAUGCAUUUUGCAGUGACUCCCUUGCCUUUUGUCCUCCACUGCAGGUUGUGAGGUGGGAGCUGCAGUCAGCAAUGGCUCGUGCAUUAUGUUCAUAAUCUGUAGUAUAAGCAAGGUUGUAGGUCUAGCUUCAUCAUCUCUAUCGACAAAAAAAUUAAAAACAGUCCACUACCCCUCCUGUUGAAUUGAACACUGUCUGGCCUUUUAGGAGUGUGUUUUAGGAGUGCGUAUGUUACCAGAAUUAAUGUUACCAGAGAGGACUUGGAUUGGCUUUCAACGGCGAUUGUGCUGAAUGCAUAUCAAUAACACACAGUUUUGGGUAACUUGUUUUGUCAUUGGCUUAAUUUGUUUGUAGUAAAUUAAUCCAAAUGAACUAAGUUCUUUUCUGGCAAUUUCCUGUUCAGUUUCAAAGGCAACUGGAUUAGUUUGGUACAAUGCUGUUGCAAAUAAAUUGUUUAUUUUGUUUCUGACAACAUACCCCCUAACUUAUUUAUUUAUGAGAUAGCUAAAGAAAGAGACAAAUGUUUGUAGUGGACACUUUAUUUUGAAUGCCUUUUAUUUGACAAGGUCAUAUCUUGACCUUAAGGUUUGGAGAAGUUAACCGUGCUCUCAAAGCAAAAGUGCUAUUAUUUGUCAUUUUGAAUGGAGUCUGUCAGUUCUUGUUCGUCACCCCAUAUAAAAUGGCAGUUGUUACAAUUUAACAUACAUGGCUGAAAAUGGGAAUUUACAGCAAUGAAAGAUGGGGGGGGGGAAUUUAUUGAAGGGAGAUAAUGUUGGAAGCACUCAUUCAAUAUGGUAUCAAGGCAGUUUGUCGUUUCACUCCAACACAAAUAUUGAGUUACUAGUAUCUUAGCGCACUGCUUCAGUUGUCUUGUUCGUCUGUAAAUAUUUCCAUGUUUGUGUUUGUCAGACCUUUCCGUAGUCUCAUGUCUUCAUGUCCCUCUGACCCCCCGGUUUGAGUUUGGAUGUAGUUUCUCUCCUUGUUUUACUUAAAAAAAUGUUUGCUGGCAAUCUGGGAUUAUUUUUUAUUAAUUUAAUAAAGUGUUUUUAUUUUCAACCGUGA